UCUUUUCUUUUUUUUUUCUCUCUUCAUAAGCCAUUUUUCGCAUCAGGACAAGCCGCAAGCGCUCGAGUUUUGAAGUUUUAUUUUGCAAAAAUGAGUGGUUUUUGGAAAGAGUCAACGAUUUAUCCAUCUGAGGAUUCAGAAGAUGAUCUUAGUGAAGGCCAAGGUGAUAUUGUUCGAUCGGUUCAGACUGCCAAUCCGCGAAAACUGGCCAUAGAAAAUUUUACUACCAGCGGGGUAAACCCUCCAGUACUUGAUGAAAACGCAAGAGCAAAAUGGCUUGCAGGUUCAUGGCCGUUGAAGCCAUUUGCGGAAUCGUUGCCAAUAACUGAGCGGAAAGCAGAGUGGAUUCGCUUCCGCGAUCAGUUCGAACGGAUCGUUUCUUGUAAAACUCUCGUCGACCCGAUCACGAAGUUAACUGGAUUGAAGAUUUUUGCAGGAGAUUACCUCCUCAGUAUAAUUGAAUUGCAAGAAAAACUCAUAGUGAAUCAUUCGGGUAAUGUAUACAGUGAAACGAUAUUAGCGCUCAACAACUAUUUCAAUGGCACUUGUGACGUAUCUAAGGAACGAAUGAAAUUCAGAGAAAUGCGCAUGAAAACGACUGAGCCAUUUGUCGACUGGAUAUUGAGGCUCGAGAAUCAAGCGAAGUUCUGCGAGUUCAGUAUUGGACAAAGGGAGGAAGAAUUUAUUCAAGCUGUUGUUAGAAGAUCAAUCCCGGAUAUCUCUAAGAAGCUUUACGAAAUAUCGAAUGUAUUUAACAACAGUUUGGAGAAAAUCAUUGAUCACGGCAAGCACUUGGAUUAUAUUCGAGCUGAGACAGAGGACGAUAAAAAUCGAGUUAGAGACGCCAAAAGUGUUAGCAAUCCGGAGCGGGAAUCGAUGGAAGAAACCGAAGUUAAGUCGGUGAAUGCAGUGAAGUUCUCAAAAUUUCAGCAGGCAGCUAAACCAGCAUGGACCGACAGACGUUUUGAACCAUAUCGCAGCACAAACAGAAUGCAAGAUCGCCGCUGGGAUUCACAGAAGCGAGUCAACCGGGACGAGCCGACUGGAUUUAAUUGUAAAAAGUGUGGACAACAGCACGGUCCGAGACAAUGCAAGGCAUUUCGUGUGCGCUGUUUUGCUUGCAAGCGUUUUGGUCAUUUUGCAAAAUAUUGUUCUCCUCCGCCAGACUAUGCGACGUCUAAUAAACGAGAGAAUGCGAUUAAAAGCGAGGUUGACAAAAUCAAUCAGGUAGAUAAUUAGAUAUCGAACUGUUCAUUCACUUUUGUUUUAGAUAAAACUAGGAUAAAAAUAAAAUAAAAUAAA